AUGAACAAUACAACGACAACAGCAAAUACAUCAAUACCCAUCACAAAGAUGGUUAAUGAUCUAUUUUUGCAAUGGCUUUCAUUAUCAGAUACACGUACUACACUUUAUGCUGCAUUGCAAAGUGUUCGAACAAAUAGUAAAAUGCCUGAUUCUAUUAUAUAUCCAAAGACUUAUACAACACGGGGUGGUGGUUUUUCCAAGCCACAACAUUUUGAUUCACCACCUGUUUCGCCAGUACCACGAACAGCUUCAAGUCCACGUAGUGGUUUAUCUUCGAUUCCAUCAACUGGCGAAAAUACUUCUGGUUUAACUGGCAGUAGUGAUGAACGGAAACAACGUUCAUUAAAGAAAAAAUAUCCAAUAGUCAAUGGUGGCUUUUGUCGACCUGUUUCGACACCAUUGGCACGUAUAUCGAUAUCACCGAAAAUUCCCAAAUCACAUAUCAAUUUCGUUUUUGAAAAACGUUAUCCAGCUGAACAAAUACAGCAACAUAUACAAGAACAAAUUCGACAAAAAUUUACCAAUCCAGAGGCUAUAUGGCCACUUAAACCACAAGCAAUAGUAGGACAAUCUACUAUACCCGAUCAGCAACAUCGAUCGGCUUUCUUCAUUUCUGAGGUAUCCGGUGGAAAAGUUUCACCAUCUCAAUUAGCUAAAUCAGAACCUUUACCAACUUCACCAUCACCAUCAACAAGUGUUAUUCCAAAUCGAAUAUCAUCAUCAACAACAAAUACAACAAUAACAACAACAGGUAUACCAUCAAAUGGUACAAUAUCAAAAGCAACUCAUCAAACACCUAUAUUACAACCUCGUUCACAGUCUCCAUCAACGAUUAUUCGUGAUUUAUCACCAACACCAACAUCACCUAAACCAACCGGUAGUGGAGUUGCUUCUUUACGUGAACAUUUUGAUAUUGUUGAACAUGCACCAUCAAUUACAAAAGCAAAAACUCCGUCACGAGCUAAAUCACCCGUUUCACCAGUACUUACUGAUAAUGCUCAACGACAAACAUCUAUACCAUCAAAAGCAACACCAACACCACCACCACCAUCAACAACAACUACAGCAACUGUCAAAGACAUUUUACCAAUGCCAACGACAGUUAUUAAACCUGAAGAAACAUCGAAACCAAUUGAAACUAUUCCUAAAUUUUAUUUUCCUCAUGGACCAACAACAACAAUAUCAGCUAUUGAUACAUUGAUUAAUAAACAAUUACGUCAAGCUAAAGAAGAAUUAUUUAUACCAAAACAUGAUAAAUUAUAUCUAGAAGAUUUUGGAAAAUUAGCACAAUUAGUUGAUUUAAGUUUAUAUUGGAAAACACCAUUAUUUCGUGCAUGUGUACAAGAGUCACUAGGACCAAAAACAACCAUAACAUCGAAUACAACUGUAACAUAUUCACAAUUUGAAUCUUUUUGGAAAACAUUAUGUAAAAGUCAUCAUGAUAAUGCAUCAAAAUUUGUUCAUCUAGUUGUUCUAUCAUCUCCAUCAUCAUUACCAACUAAUCGUCCAUAUUUAACAGUUGAUGAUUGGGAUUAUUUAAUACAAGAUAUUAUUGAUACACAUCCUGGUCUGAAAUUUCUACGUGAAGCACGAGAAUUUCAUUCAAGAUAUAUUAAAACAGUUAUAGCUAGAAUUUAUUACAAUUGUAACCGAUCAUGGUCAGGAAAAUUAACUGUACAAGAAUUAAGACGAUCAAAUUUUCUUUCGACUCUCGAUCGAAUCGAAGAAGAAGAAGAUAUUAAUCGUAUUCAUGAUUAUUUUUCAUAUGAACAUUUUUAUGUAAUUUAUUGUAAAUUUUGGGAAUUAGAUGCUGAUCAUGAUUUAUUAAUAAGUCGUGAUGAUUUAGCUAAACAUAAUAAUGGCGCUAUUUCAAAUAAAAUGAUUGAUCGUAUAUUUUCGGGUGCUAUAUCAAAUAGUCAAAAUAUGCGAGAAGGAAAAAUGUCAUAUUAUGAAUUUGUAUGGUUUCUUAUAUCUGAAGAAGAUAAACGUUCACCAACAAGUAUUGAAUAUUGGUUUCGUUGUAUGGAUUUAGAUGGUGAUGGUGUAUUAUCAAUGUUUGAAUUAGAUUAUUUCUAUCAAGAACAAGUACAUAAAAUGGAAAUCUAUGGUAUUGAAUAUAUGCCAUUUGAAGAUUGUAUAUGUCAAAUGCUUGAUUUAGUUAAACCUGAAGAAGAAAAUAAAAUUCGUUUAAAAGAUUUAAAACGAUGCAAAUUAACAAAUGUUUUUUUUGAUACUUUUUUCAAUCUUGAAAAAUAUUUAGAUAAUGAACAAAAAGAUCCUUUUUCAAAUGUUAAAGAUCCAGAUUCACCUGAUAUAUCUGAUUGGGUUAAAUUCGCUGAAGCUGAAUAUGAUAAUUUAACACAUGAAGAUGGAGCCAAUGAAAAUCUUGACGAUGUAAAUUAUGAUGAAGAUUUUGAAGAUGAAGAUGAGGGAGUUGCAGGACCUGUUAUUGAACAACCAAUAAAUAAACGAAUGGGUCUUGGUGGAAGUACUAGUGCUGUUUCACCACCACAACGACUUGGUUCAAAUAAUAAAAAUGAUAUAGAUGAACGAUGGAAAGAUUAA